ACUCCGUAGUGCUUGAGGGAUACAGCCCUUCCCACCAACCUGAGCAGGACAGUCAUCCUGUUUCAUUCAGAUAAUAUGGCAAAGCAGUCGAAGUCCACGAAGAAGUUCGAAAAAAACCGUCUCAAAGGCACAAUCGAUAGGAGAAAGGAGUUUGCCAAAAUCAAACAAAGACAUCAGCAGAAAGAGAAAAAGAAACAGCGGGCGACACAAAAAUCGCAAGCGGAAGAUGAUGAGGCUGAAUCCCAAGAGGAAAGUGCUCCGCUUGGUGGAGAUGACAUGAACGGAGAUGAAUUCUUUCAAGAAGCAUUGGAUAUACCCCAAUUCGAUACAAAGGCGCAGGCCGGGAGUAAAAAGGGCAAGCGCAAGAGAGACGCAGACGGUGACAAUGAUGAGAUCCCAUCAGCUUCCGAGGAUGAAUUAUCAGACGAUGAUAUGGCUGGCCAUAAGGACCAGCUGGCCUCUUUGGCUGAGAAGGACCCAGAAUUCUACAAAUACCUACAAGAGAACGAUGCAGAACUGUUGGACUUUGACGAAGACGAUGAAUUGGCAGAAGUGGACGACCUGAGCGACGAAGAGCCUGCGACCAAGAAGCAGAAGACUCAACCAGCCGACGACGCAGCUCCAGACGAUGUGACUCUUGACAUGGUCAGAAAAUGGAAAACUUCCCUUGCUGAUCAAUUUUCGAUCAGGGCCUUGCGGCAAGUCGUCCUGGCCUUCCGAGCUGCUGCUCAUGCGGACGAUGAGGAAGACAAAACCUACAGAUACAACAUCGCGAGCCCCGAGGUCUAUCACGAGGUCUUGAUGACCGCUCUUAAGCAGGUCCCUGUUGUACUAUCACAUCAUCUUCCCGUCAAGGAAUCUGCUGGUGGAAAAGUACGCGUGCCAUCCGAUUCACCGAAAUUCAAAACGCUGGCACCUUUGAUCAAAUCGCACACAUCAUCAUUGCAUUAUCUGCUUGGACGUUUGACAGAUACAAAUACGCUAAGGUUGACGCUGCAGUCAUUCGAGCCUUUGUUACCCUAUUUGCUACAGUUCCGCAAAUUUCUCAAGGUCAUCAUAAAAGCGGUCUCCGCCAUCUGGUCUGACAACUCGUCUAUCGAAGCGACGCGAAUUACAGCUUUCUUGGUCAUCCGGCGACUCAUGGUCAUUGGCGACGCUGGCAUUCGGGAGGUUGUUUUGAGAUCAACCUAUGAAGGAGUCGUCAAGGGCAGUCGAAACACUACCAUCCACACACUUGCAGGCAUCAACUUGAUGAAAAACUCAGCCGCAGAAAUCUGGGGCAUUGAUCAAAAGGUCAGCUACACUGCUGGCUUUUCGUUCAUCCGCCAGCUAGCCAUCCACCUCCGCGGAAACAUCACCAAACCAACGAAAGACUCAUAUAAGACAAUCUACAACUGGCAGUUCGUCCACUCUCUAGAUUUCUGGUCACGUGUGCUUUCCACACACUGCAACUCUUUGCUCGAGGCUCAAAAUGGCAAGCAGUCACAACUUCGACCAUUAAUCUAUCCCCUUGUCCAAGUUACACUUGGCGUCAUGAGGCUGAUUCCUACGUCAACAUACUUUCCGCUUCGAUUCCAGCUCAUGCGCUCUCUACUGCGCCUCUCGCAGGCUACCGAGACAUACAUCCCUUUGUCGGCAGCUCUCCUGGAAGUGCUGAACUCUGCAGAGAUGAAGAAGCCGGCUAAGGCGGCAACUCUAAAACCAUUGGACUUCGCCUCGAACAUCAGAGCCCCAACAUCUUAUUUGAAGACAAAGGUGUACCAAGAAGGCGUGGGAGAACAGGUCGUCGAACUUUUCUCCGAGUUCUUUGUUCUAUGGACAAAAAGCAUUGCCUACCCUGAGCUUCAGCUGCCUGCAAUCGUCAUGCUCAAACGCUGGUUGAAGGCAGCUUCAAAGUUUGGCGGAAAUAAGAAUGGCAAGCUGAAUCAGGCUCUUCUCCUGCUGGUGCAGAAAUCAGAGGCAAAUUCGAGGUGGAUUGAAGAGCGGCGGAACAAGGUCAACUUCUCCCCGAAAGACCGCACAGAGGUCGAAGGAUUUCUCAAGGACGUUCAGUGGCAAGAGACGCCACUCGGCGCCUUUGUUGUCACACAAAGAAAGCUGAGGGAUGAAAGAAAGAAGGUGCUUGACCAAGGAAGGAAGGAUCAAGAAAAAAGAGUUGCAGCCCACAAAGAGGACGAGAGUGACAUUGAUGUUGCAUAGUCAUUGGGCGCCAGCAUCAUCGCGACAAUCAGGGGGUGACUGAACCAGUAACGUGAGUAUCUUGUCGAUGCUCUGUGUCCCCAGUUCACCUACAACGACUGGGCAGGUCAUGUCUCCGUCAAUAGGUCUACCUCCGGUACAACCUCAAUGGGUCGAUAGCAUUACGAGAAUACCAUCUUCACGUUAACCACAAAUAUGAAACGGCACAGCAGAGGCUGUCACCCAUAAUGGGAUCACAGCCACGUUCUUCCCAAGCUUCUAACGGACGUUAUUUCCCAACGAGGAGCCAUUUCUCUUGCUAUAUAUAUACAAAUACACGGAGCUUUCAUGCCCAUGGGCACUUGGCUCUGUCACCCGCUGUCAACCAUGUUUCUUCGCCAAGCGUCAUCACAUUCACUGCCUCGCCAGUGAAGUCUAGAAAUGGCGGCGUUGUUGACACUACGGUUCUAAGGCUGUGCUGCCUCAUUGCUGCCUCCAGGGGAGGCUACAUGGCCUUGUCACAUGUGGUCUCUUUCCACCUUCUCACCUGCCUUGGAACGAGCAUAAAGGUCGAAUAAUUCCUGCUACCUUCUCUGAUCAACCAUACAUUCCAUGCUUGUGAAUUUCAGUCAAAAUGUCGCCAGAUUUACCACCUAUCGAACCUGUCCGGCUUCCUCAGCAUCUUAAGAGCACUUACCGACAGUACAAGGCCGACACAAGCCGUUUUGUCGGG